UUCGUUGCGCCAUGAAAGUUUUAGUAGUUCUUGCCUGUGCUUUGGCUGUGGCCUCAGCUGCCUCCAUUUUCGACACUCCCGUGUUCCCACGCGACUUGGUGGUCGAUGAUGCCAUCGAGGGCCGUAUUACCAACGGUCAAAAGGCCAGCGCUGGCCAAUUCCCCUACCAAGUUGGUUUGUCCCUGAAGACCAGCUCCGGCUCCUUCUGGUGUGGUGGUUCCUUGAUUGGCAACACCUGGGUUUUGACUGCUGCUCACUGUACCGAUGGCGUUACCUCCGCCACCGUGUACUUGGGCUCCACCACCCGUACCGUUGCCAAGGUUACCCACACCGUCAGUGCCAGCGCCAUUAACCAACACACCGGCUACAAUUCCCGCACCUUGGCCAAUGAUAUCUCCUUGAUCAAGAUCCCCUCGGUUUCCUACACCACCGACAUCAAGGCCAUCAAAUUGCCCGCUGUUGCCUCUUCCUACUCGACCUAUGCUGGCAGUUAUGCUGUUGCUUCCGGCUGGGGCCGUACCUCUGACACCGGUUCCGUUUCCACCGCCUUGAACUAUGCCCGCCUCCAAGUCAUCACCAACUCCGUGUGCUCCUCCACCUAUGGCAGCUCCGUUGUCACCUCCAACACCAUUUGCGUUGCCACUCCCAGCGGUACCUCCACCUGCCAAGGUGAUUCUGGCGGCCCAUUGGCUUUGGAAUCCUCCGGUAUCUUGAUUGGUGUCACCUCCUUCGUCUCCUCUGCCGGUUGCGCCUCUGGUGCCCCAGCUGGUUUCGUCCGUGUCACCAGCUACUUGGAUUGGAUCAAGUCCAAGACUGGCAUCUCCUACUAAAGACUUUUGACGGAUUUUUGUAAUUGUUUGAAAUAAAGAGAUUUUGAAAGAAA